AUGGCGACGGCAAGCGCAAGCAUUGGCGUGGGGCGGGCGGGGGUGAAGCACACGACGCUGGUGUACCUUGUGGACCAGGCGGCAUCGCGCAUUCUUCUUGCGCUCAAGAAGCGCGGAAUGGGUGCCGGCAAGGUCAACGGGCCGGGCGGCAAGGCCGAUGUGAGCGCCGGCGACACCAGCAUCCGGGCGACGGCGAUUCGCGAGACGCAGGAGGAGAUGGGCAUCACGCCGACGGAUCUGCAGGCGCGCGGCCUCAUCUCAUUUGUUUUUACCAACGACGGCGAGCACUCGUGGGACAACGACUGCACCAUCUUCUUCGGCACUCAGUGGGACGGCGAGCCGACCGAGUCGGACGAGAUGGCGCCCGAGUGGCAUCCGCUCGACGCUGUGCCGUACGACCGCAUGUGGCCCGACGACGAGCUUUGGCUCCCUGAUCUGCUUGCCGGCAAGGAGGUGUACUGGCAGUUUACCUUUGACGGCGACGCCAUUGUCGACUCGGCGUCGUACGCCGACCUCCCGACAAUGCUCGCUGCUAUCGGCGCACCCGAGGCGGCAGCGCUUGACGCGUGA